GUUAUCUCGGUCAGUCUCCUCACUACUCAGUCUCUCUGUCGUCAUUCUAGCUGUUUUCUUGCAGACAGGCCAUGACACAACAGUUUAUAAAUCUGGAAUUUUAUCAAUAAUUUUUUACUUUAUCCACGAAAUUAGCGAAAAUGCCGGACGCCUUCGAGAUGGAGGUUGACGAACCUAAGAAAGUCAAAGGAGAUGGAUUGAAGUUCUAUUUUGUCACCAAAAUCGAAGAGCUGGAGCUGAUAGUAGCUGAAAAGAGUCAAAAUCUGCGUCGGUUACAGGCUCAGCGUAAUGAGUUGAAUGCCAAAGUUCGUCUUCUCCGGGAAGAGUUACAGUUACUGCAAGAACAAGGCUCCUAUGUAGGAGAAGUCGUGAAACCUAUGGACAAGAAGAAAGUUCUUGUCAAAGUACAUCCUGAGGGAAAAUUCGUCGUCGAUAUUGAUAAGAAUAUUGAUAUCAACGAUGUCACACCCAACUCUCGAGUUGCUCUGAGGAAUGAGAGCUACACGCUUCACAAAAUUCUUCCUAACAAGGUUGAUCCUCUUGUUUCUCUCAUGAUGGUAGAAAAAGUUCCUGACUCGACGUAUGAAAUGGUUGGUGGUUUGGAACGACAAAUUAGGGAAAUUAAAGAAGUCAUUGAACUGCCUGUGAAACACCCUGAAUUGUUUGAUGCCCUUGGUAUCGCUCAGCCGAAAGGUGUUCUUCUCUAUGGACCUCCUGGAACAGGUAAAACCCUUCUAGCAAGAGCUGUCGCUCAUCAUACAGAGUGUACUUUUAUCCGAGUGUCAGGUUCUGAAUUAGUACAAAAGUUCAUCGGAGAAGGAUCCAGAAUGGUUAGAGAGCUCUUCGUCAUGGCCAGAGAGCAUGCACCAAGUAUUAUCUUCAUGGACGAAAUCGAUUCUAUUGGGUCAUCCAGGAUAGAAUCAGGAAGUGGUGGUGACUCAGAAGUGCAGCGUACUAUGUUGGAAUUGUUGAAUCAGCUUGAUGGUUUUGAAGCUACUAAAAAUAUUAAGGUCAUCAUGGCAACAAACCGUAUUGAUAUCCUAGAUCCAGCUCUACUACGCCCUGGGCGUAUCGACCGCAAGAUCGAAUUCCCGCCACCAAAUGAGGAAGCCCGUUUGGAUAUUCUACGUAUUCACUCACGGAAGAUGAACCUUACUCGUGGUAUACAAUUAAGAAAAAUUGCUGUGUUGAUGCCUGGAGCCUCUGGUGCUGAAGUUAAGGGUGUUUGUACGGAAGCUGGAAUGUACGCCCUAAGAGAAAGACGUAUUCAUGUUACACAAGAAGAUUUUGAAAUGGCAGUUGCAAAGGUCAUGCAGAAAGACUCUGAGAAGAACAUGUCUAUCAAGAAACUAUGGAAGUAAAUUGCGGAGCCUGUUCACUACACUGCCUCUCAAAACUGUACUCAGGCAGGAAAGCUAUCGAAUGAAUUACUGCAUAGUGAACUAAUAAUUGUUUUUUGUCUUUUUCCAAUUACUAAAUUUAGGAUAAUAAGCUAUGUUAAAAUGUAACUUGUGUUUUUUCUAAUUUUAUUUUUUAAUGUAAAUAAAUUUCUAUGGAUUAAAGAAA